AUGAUCUGGCGUGGCCUUUGUCGACGCCCCCUGCUGCUGGCCAUUGCCAUGGUGGUGUGCUUUACUUGGCUCUUCUACCGCUCCGAUACCCUCGGCGACGAGGUGUCCCUGCUGGAGCGUCACCAUCCGCUGCUAUUCCGCUAUGUACACACGAAUAGUGCCCUGGGAGGAGCGUGGUAUAUUCCCCGAGACUGGCUCUCGGACACAGAUCACCACCCCGGGGGCAUCGUCGACGCCGCACAACUCGCCCUCCGCGCCGCCAGGUCAUCCGUGGAACGCCAAAUCCCCCACUCCUCCAUCCCCUUGAUCGUCCACCAGACCUGGAAGAACACGCGCAUUGACACCUGGCCCCGCCCCAUCCGCCACAGCACCGAGAGGUGGCUGCGCAUGAUCGAUGGCAAGGCGGCCUACAUCCUGUGGGACGACGACGGGGUCGCUCAGUUCAUCCAACGGUUUGAAUCCGAGCUGGAGGAACAGUUCUUUGCCUUGAGUCCAGUCGAGCGUGCAGACGUCUUCCGCGUGUUGGUGUCAAAAUGGAUCGGGGGUGUGUAUGCCGAUAUGGACACGGAACCCCUGCGGUCACCGGCAGACUGGAUCUCCCACUCCGACCUCCUCCCAUGGCAGGAUCCAGAGGCGGGCAAGAUGUAUAACUCCCCCGGUCCAGUCAAUGCCAUCCUAGGGGUGGAAGCAGACUGCCCGUCGAAUAGCGACGACUACUGGCGGAUGGGCUACCUGCAUCCCCUUCAACUGACCCAAUGGGCCUUCGCUUGGGCGCCCGGCCAUCCCAUCCUGCAGACCUUCGUGGAUCGCCUGACGGCACAAUUGCGGACCAUCAUGGACCAGAACGGGGGGUUACAAACCAUGUCAGCUCGACAAGCGCUGCGAUCGCUCGAUCCGAUUGCCCUCACGGGCCCGGGUGCCAUCACCCAAGCGACGCAGAGCUGGCUGGAAACCACAGCGGACCUCCGAUGGACCGCGCUGUCUGGGUUGCAUGACAAUGGGACGAGUAAGUUGGUCGACGACGUGCUGAUCCUCCCCAUCACCGGCUUCAGUCCCGGUCGACGUGGGUACGGCAACAUGGGGUCCAAGCCCAUCUCGGAUCCGUCCGCUCGUCUGCUCCAUCGGGCGCAGGGCUCCUGGCGAGCCUUCGACCUGCGGGUGGAGUAUGGCAAGUUCUGUCGGACGAUGUUUGGUCGAUGCCGACACUGGUCCAAGGUGCCACACCACAGGUAG